UACCAUCCUUCUCUCUUUCCUCAUUCAUCUAUGGCUCCCAUCUCAAAACUCAUUCCUUUCCUGUUCUUAGCAACCCUUUUAUUGUCCUUCCAAGUUAAUGCCAGAGACAGCCAGUUCUUCAGCAAAGUCUCGCCUAGCAACACCAACACCAAUAACCUCAGAGAGACAGAGGCUACCAACAAUGAAGGACCAUUAAACAAGCCAGAACAACAACAACAACCAGCCUUCAUCCCAGAGACUGAAAACAGUUAUGGCCUGUAUGGUCAUGAAUCUGGUUUGAACCCUCCCACCACCACCACCAAUUACCAACCAUAUAAAACUAUGUCUGCGGAGGACACUAGCAAGUACUCCAACAACAACAACUACAACUCCAAGAAGGAUGCUUAUACCACCAACCAACACGAAAUGAGUGAAACAAGGCUCACAGGAUCUUACAGCAGCAACAACAACUACUACUACAAAAACAAGGAUGCUUUUGGUGGCAAGCAAAAUGAAUUGAGUGACACUAAGUACACAGAAGGAGGAUACAACGAAAAUCAGAACAACAACGACAACAAGUAUUUCUACAACAACAACAACGACAAUGCUGCCAAAGACAAAUACUUCUACAAUAACAACAAUGCCAAUGACAGAUACUUUUAUAACAACAACAACAAUGCUGCCAACGAAAAGUACUCUUACAAAAAUUACGCUGUGGAUAACAGUUACAAUGGUGAGAGGCAGGGUUUGAGUGACACAAGGUUUGUGGAGGGUGGAAAAUACUUUUAUGACGUUCAAUCUGAGAAGUACAACCAUCCAACACUGCAUGAUGGCUCGUCCAGAGGAGUGAACUCUGAAAAUUGGUACAACAACAGGGGUUACUUUGGCAACAACAAUGUGAAUUCCAUGCAAGGUUACCAGAACCAGGAGGAGUUUGAAGAUGACCAAGAGAACUUUGAGCCUUGAGCUUGAAUCACUGUCA